AUGUCGAGACGUGUGCCUCGAGCAGAGCUGCCGUUGGAGGAUGGCGACGACGUGGACGAGUUCAUGCGUCAGGAGGCUGCGUACCGAAAGGAAUUUGAGCCUGUCGCGCCUUGGAAACGCGACAACAUUCCUGACUACGGACCGCUGCAGGAGCAUCAUCACGUGCUCAUCUUUGGUGUCGUGGGUGCUGCGUGCACGAUUUUCUACGAAUGCACCGACUAUUUCAGCGAGAUCCACCGGUUAGUGGCGUACGUGGCAAUCUGGUGCCCGCUGUGGUUCCGUCUGCUUGGUCGUGUGUCUCCCGCACCGACGGACGAGGAGCUGGAUGCCAGAGAACGACGCGAGUUUGAGAGGAACCUGCAGAGAAUCGCAGACGAAAAGGACAAGGUCGACGAGGAUAGUUGA